CAGGUUCGUCCUCUCUUGAUCUCUCUCUGACCUUCUUCUCAACUUCGAAUCGCUUUCUGGGUAUUGCAUAACUUCGUUAACUGUCUAUUGGGUAUAGCAGAUUUUGUGGAAAGGAUCUCACUUUUAGUAAUGGCUCCAGCUAAAGUUGAUGUAACUAAAAAGGCUGACCCAAAGGCAAAGGCCUUGAAAGCUGCGAAAGCGGUAAAAUCAGGGCAAACCAUAAAGAAGAAGGCGAAAAAGAUAAGGACGAAGGUGACAUUCCACAGGCCAAAGACAUUGACAAAGGCUAGAGACCCAAAGUACCCACGCAUCAGUGCAACUCCAAGGAACAAGUUGGACCAUUACGGUAUCCUCAAGUACCCACUCACCACCGAGUCCGCAAUGAAGAAGAUUGAAGACAACAACACCUUGGUCUUCAUCGUUGAUAUCCGUGCAGACAAGAAGAAGAUCAAAGAUGCUGUCAAGAAGAUGUAUGACAUUCAGACCAAGAAAGUCAAUACCCUCAUUAGGCCUGAUGGAACGAAGAAGGCGUACGUGAGAUUGACUCCUGAUUAUGAUGCUUUGGAUGUUGCUAACAAAAUCGGGAUCAUCUAAUCUUAGUAUAUCAUCCGUGCUCUGCCGUUUUUUUUCCGUUGUAUUGGACUUGGAGUUUAAAAACGUACUUCUUGUUUUUGGCUUCCUUACUUAGUCUCUCAGAUUUGUUAGAGAAAAUACAGAUACUGUAAUCUCUUCUUUUUUUGUUUUGUGCUUUGUCGUAUGACCCGAAUAUAUGUUUUGGUAUUAUUAUUGGUGCAUUACAGUUUUCAUUAUGGUCCUCUGUCUGCAAAUGCGACAUUCAUUAACUCCUAAUGUUGUAGCUUUAGUUAGAGAGCUUGGCCGCUAAACUUGUGUAUAAUAUUCCUUGAUUAGAAAUAAUUAUGUGUUUGUUGUAAUGGUAGAGAAGC